AUGGUUUAUAUGAAGCAGCCCAAAGGUUUCGAGGAUUCCCUUCAUCCGCAUCAUGUUUGCCAUCUGCGGAAAGCCAUAUAUGGCCUGCACCAGGCCCCUCGACAAUGGUACACCACAUUCUCCAACUACCUCCUCAAACUCGUCUUCCAACACAGCAAGUCUGAUCCAUCCCUGUUAACGCUGUGCACGGGUACCUCCAAAAUCUUUCUUCUAGUCUACGUUGAUGGCAUACUCGUCACCGGCAAUGACGAGGCAGCAAUCACCGUCUUUCUCAACAAACUCCACAAUACCUUCGCCCUCAAACACCUAGGUGAUGCAAAUCACUUUCUCGGCAUCAAAAUUCAAAAACACCAAGAUACGUAUUUCUUAUCUCAAUACACAUAUGCUUCCUCCAUCAUUCAGCAGUCCAAACUAACACAUUGCAACUCUGCAGCUAAUCCGUCCUGCACCAAGCUCCCAACAGACGUUCCAAUCGACCCCAAUCUGGAUGAUCCAUCUCUGUACCGGAAGCUCACUGGCGCGCUGCAGUAUCUCACCAUCACCAGGCCGGACAUCGCCUACGCAGUCAACAACCUAUCUCAGCAUAUGCACGACCCACAGCCUAUUCACCUUCACCUUCUCAAGAAGCUGCUCCGUUACAUCAAAGGAACAUCACACUUCGGUCUUCCCAUUUCCAAAUCGGAUCUUUGCUUACGAACGUACUCCGACGCCGACUGGGCGAGCAACCCAGUAACCCGCAAAUCCACCUCCGGCUACUGUUCGUUUCUCGGCAACACACUCGUGUCAUGGGUAGUCAAGAAGCAAUCUACUGUGUCUCGCUCGUCAACCGAAUCCGAGUAUCGCGCUCUCGCCGCCGCCACCGCCGACACCAUUUGGCUCAAGCGCUUGCUCGCCGACUUCCACAUCGAUCACAACCACUACGUCGAGCUACACUGUGACAAUACCUCGGCGAUCGCCCUCGCAAACAACCCAGUGUUCCACGCAAGAACAAAGCACAUCGAGAUCGAUUACCGAUUUCUACGGGAGAAUCUCAACAACAAUCACAUACGUCUUCUUCCUAUCAAGACAGUAGAUCAGCUCGUAGAUCUAUUGAUGAAACCUCUGUCCACACCCCGCUUCAAAAUGCUCCGGGACAAACUCACGAUCAUUCCUGACCCAUUCGUUUGCGGGGGAUAUUAG